ACAUAUUUCAACAUUAUUUCAUUCCCGCGCGCGCACAUUGUUUCUCCUUCUUCCUCUUUCUUUCGUCUCUGCGUUCUCUUCCUCUGCGAUCCGAUUUCACGCUUCUCCCAGAAGCAUACCAGCGGAGAUAAUUUAAUCAUUAGCACUCUCGGGAAGAUUGAACUAUCAUGAAAGCAGGGAGGUCAAAGGACGACAAAGCUGUUAAGGCUUCUCGAAAAUCUGCUCUAAAGAUUGGGGCCAAUGGAGUAAAAAAUUCUUCCAUGAAAACAAAUAAAUUGGAUUACAAAGCAAGAGGAUGCAGUGAGGAAUUGUUGUCUGACAAAGAGAAUCAGCACCCUCCAUUUAAGGAACCUAGCGAUGAUACAUUUCUUACGAUAUUGAGAGAGGUGCUCGAGGUUGAUCUUCAUCCAGGACAAACACUCUCUUCUGCAAAAAUCAAGUUACAACUUUUUCCAGUAAAUGAAGUAAUUCGAAAAGGACUUGAAAAGGAUGGGCAUAAUCCAUAUUUAGAACUCACACUAAGUGGUAGAAAGAAAAUUUCUUCAGUUCUAAGACAUAUUGAAAAGAAGUGGGGAAGUUCAAGUACUGCCAAAGGGGAGCCCAUGCUUUUUCCAUAUAACAGACUGAAAAAUCUAUCUGACCACAAAAGGUGGACAAUUAAUGAUAGUGACACUACAGCUGCCGCUGUGUACGCUGCUGUUGGAAACCCUGCAAUUUUCCGGUUGAAGUAUGGUUGGUUUAGAAUACAAGAACCUACGCCAGUUGGUAUUUCCUCCAUGCCAAUUCCCUGUGGGUCGAGCGUACAGUCAGGAGGAACAGAGACAGGUGGAACUGCUAAUUUAGAGUCUUUAUGUGAUGAACGGGACAAGAUUGAGGCAACUGCCGAAUACAAAGCAACUGAUGUGGGGAAUAUAACAAGUGAAAUUGUGGCUCAGAAAAUGGACAAUGAAUCUGCCGAUCCUCUGGAUAAUGAGCCAAAAGAAAGCUGUAGCCUACAACCACCAUCAAUGCAAUGGGUUGAUAGUUUAGACAAUAUAAGCAUUGGUGGCCUCCUGUCUGAAGCAUCAUUCAUGGGAAAGUUUGAUUCAAAAUUCUUCGGCAGCAAUGCUACCAAUCAAACAAGUCGUUUAAUUUCAGAUUCAUUGGAUGCUUUUAUUACCUCCCAAAUUAGUCAUCCUCCAGUUUCUACACCAUCCACAAUACUCGAUGCUGAAGUAGCAUGUCAUGAAUUUGCUCUUCAAAAGUUAUCUUCCCCAGCAGAUGUGCAGACUACUAGUGGAACAAAAACAGAUUAUUCUGUGGCCAACAGUCUGGGUGUAUCUUCAAACUUAUUGAAGCUUCCAUGUACAGACAAGGUUGAUGAUCAAGACGGGUUUUCACAAAAUCCCUUGUCCGAGAAGACUCAGACAGACUCGCUGCUUUCUUCACAUUUGUUUGAUGGUGAAAGAAGUCUUGGGUUAACAGGCAUCAAAUGGAAUGACUCUUUGGGACCUUUUGAUCUUGGCAUGCCAAUUAAGAAGUGCAUUGGCGGAGACAGCGUUAGUAUUGGUAAAUUUGUUAAAUAGAAGCUUAGAUGUAAGUUGGAGAUUAGUGUGUGUUUGGUGAGGCAUAUCACAAUGUACUUCGAAAUAAAUUGCUGUUGUGAACUCAACUCGUGUUUCACCUCUUCCAACGCCAAUCCAAACACACUAUAAUAGAAAAGACAGGAUUUUUUUUGUACUUAUAGAAUUACUUGCUGUAGAGAGUCUACAGACCAGGGUUAAAAUUAAAAUGAAAAGAAAGAAACAAGGGACAUAAUACUGAGUAGUCAGUUGUAAAAAUCAUAGUUUGGGGCAUACAUUAUUUAUCUCAUGUGAUUUUGUGUCA